GUCAUAGCAGUCACCACAUUUUUGACAUGCCCAUCGAAAUUCCAGUUUUAUCCCCUUAGGUAUGACGAAUACCAUCGGUAAAGCUCGCCCAGAUGGCAAAGGACUUGUUCAACACGCCCUCGGAAGAGCUGACGUUGUCGCAGCGAGGGUACAAGAUCUUGAAGAAUCUCGGUGAAGGCUCCUACGCCAAAGUCUACCUGGCCGAAUACACCGAGACCAAAGCCGACAAGGCGGACAACAAGACGAGAGUUCUGGCGUGCAAAGUGAUCGACACCCUGAAAGCUCCAAAGGACUUCGUCAAAAAAUUCUUGCCCCGCGAACUGGACAUCACCAUACGGCUGAACCACCCCCACAUCGUGCACGUGCACAGCGUGUUCCAGCGCAAGGCCAAGUACUUCAUAUUCAUGCGUUUCGCCGAAAAUGGCGACGUGCUGGAGUACAUACUUAAAAAGGGGACGGUCAGUGAGCCGCAGGCCAGGGUGUGGUUCCGACAGUUAUCUCUGGCGAUGCAGUACCUGCACAACCUGGAUAUAGCCCACAGGGAUUUGAAGUGCGAGAACUGUCUGAUCACGGGCAACUUCAAUUUGAAACUGGCCGAUUUCGGUUUCGCCCGAUUCACCAGCGACAAAAACGGCAAACUGAUAUUGAGCUCCACUUACUGCGGUUCACUGUCCUACGCGCCACCUGAGAUUUUGAAGGGAAGUCCGUACUACCCAAAAAUUGGUGACCUCUGGUCCAUGGGUAUCAUAUUGUACGUAAUGCUGAACAAAGCAAUGCCGUUCGAUGACAGCAACAUAAAAAAGCUGUACGAACAACAGUUGAGCAAAAAAUGGGCGUUCAGGUCGAAAGUUGUUGACGGUUUGAGCGAUCAAGUCAAGGAGUUUAUACCACAUUUGCUGGAACCAAACACCAAGACCCGGUACACCAUCGAAGAUGUUUUGACUUCCCAGUGGAUAUCGAUGGAUCCAAGACUGGCGGCCCUUUCGCCUGCCGAAGAACAAGCACUGAAGGCGUCCAAGGAAGGUCGCAAGACCUUCGAUCUGUCCAAACCAGUGGAAAGCAAAGGUGACAACCUUUUGAUUCUCAAACCCAACGACCACAGGGAGUCGUUAUAAACAAGAACGUGUUUUGAAUGGAGUCCAAAAACAUCAGAAAUGUACAUUCAAUUUGUAUUUUGUAUAUAAAAGAUGUAAAUGCACGUUAGAAUGUUA